AUGGUGCGUCUCCUUGAUGAACUAGAUGCAAUAUUGCUCACAGCGGGAGAUAAUGGUCCGAAUCGGCCCGAGUUUGAUGUCCCAGAAGAAUAUUCCCAUUUGGAAUCUCCAAGUGAUGUGCUUCAGCUCGUGGACACCCCAGGAAAAGGAAAGGGAUGGACUGCCAAGACACCUCUAGUAGCUGGGACAGUAGUCAUGGUAUCGAAACCAAUUGCAUGGACCAUGGAUUUGGAAGCAUAUAAUGAUGAGGAUGAAAUGGAGGACGAAGAAGAAGACGAAGGCGAUGAGGGGGUGGAUGGUUCCAAAUCGAAUGACCAUGUCGUUCUACGAGUUUUGCAGCGUAUCAAGGAGAAUCCCAGCAUCUGGUUUGAACAGGUAUCUGCACUUUACCCAAGGGACAACAUUGGAACUUUGCCAACAUGGAAUUGCAAGGACGACAAUAUUCUAUCACAAUUUGGAUCCCUCUUGCGACAGAUUGAAGGUAUCCCACAGCUUCAGGGCAAAUCCGAUGAAAUCCGGCAACGGCUACCAUUGAUUAUUCGGUAUAACGUCUUGUCGAUUGAAACUUGUUCCGAGCUCUUGAGUUAUCCUGGUCCUACUGGUCAUUCGUUGUUAGGAGGCGUUGGCUUGUUUCAUCUCCCGUCAUUCUUCAAUCACAGUCCGAGGCCAAAUGUUUCCAGAUAUGCUGUGGGAAAUAUCAUGUGGUUUGUAUGCAACCAAGAUAUUCCACAAGGACAAGAAGUCUGUAUAAGUUAUGUGGAGCAUGAUGUGUUAUGUGAGAAUGCAAAAAGGCGGAAUGCCAUGCUGAGGAUGGAUUUCCAAGAACCCGAAGACGGUUCUGGUAGUACUGAUCAUGAUGGUCCCCCGUUCCCAGUUGUGGAUAGUGAUGUACAAAUGGAACUGAUGGAGAUGGAUCCCUUUCAGAGAAUGGAUGCCAUUGAUGAGCUUAUGAAACAGGCGACGGGAGAAGCACUGCCUGAAGGAGAAAGAUCAGAAGAGGAUGGAAUGGAUGCAGGCGGUAGCGCUUGGUUCCAGUGCGACAUUCAGAAUCUUCGCAUUCUGAAGGCCAUUACGCUGGAAAGCCUUGGUCAGUCCACACGGGCCCUCGGACUCUGGGAAGAGUGCAUCCAGUUUUCAGAAACAAAUAUGCCGCCCAAUGAUGAGAGUUCCAUAGUGGUUCGAGUACAAGCGGCACUGUGCUCAUGGGAUGUCAAAGACAAGGAUCGUGCGAGAAAACAUGCUGCCAUAGCCUUGAACACUCACAAUUUGAUGUUUGGAGGUGGAGUCAAUAGAUUCCGACGACGCUAUAUGAAAGAGUUUUGUCUGAACCUUCGAAAGAACAAAGACUCGGCUGAAACGAUAUUGUGGCCCCUUCAGUGA